AAGAAAGAUGGCUAAGGGAUCCUCUCGAGCCUCGGCAUUUCCACAACAUCGUAGGGCACAGAAUCGAUGCCCAGGCUAUUUCUUUCAUGCCAAAGUCUUUUUAGACAAUUUGUGAUGACGACGAAUAGAGAAACGACGAUAUUGCUGACGAUUGUCACGCUGUUUCAGAGUAGCGAUGUACCUUCACGAGCGAGACGCGCACUCCGAGAUAUGGUCCGGCGAUGCUGCUGCCAGCGGGACACCAUCCUGCGGACGGAAGCGCCCUCGAGAAGGAGCUCUGUCACAUCCGGAAAUCAGCGGUAACCCGGCGGAGCGUGAAAUGUCGACUUUUAUCAUCGCCCUUCGAUGGCUGAGCGAACCCGUUCAGUAAUGAUAUAAUAGUAGUAGCCGGGACACACUUCCAGGGACUAGGGACGAAGCGCAACACAUGGAAUUCACGGAGAAUCCCGUCGCCGCCGCCGUUGCCCAGGAUUAUGAGGUCUCGGACAUUCAGUGCAGCGGCGCGGGAUCGGCGGCCGAUCUCCUGACAGCGAAGAUCAAAAGGCCGGUCGGCUUCAGAGGCACGCCGCUCUUCGCGGACGACAGAUCGGCGAACCCGCUCGCCGACAUUCACUGCCAGAUCAGGCCGGACCCGAACGAUCCGCAGGAGGAUAACUACUUCCUGAAGGUGACUGACUUCUCCCGAUGCGGCAUCCUCAAGAGAAACGGAUUCAUCCACCUGCGGGUGUGGUUCCCCGCCUUUCCCGGCGUGGUGAUGCUGGCCGACCAGGAGCUGAUCCUGAUGUGCCGACCGCCCGAGCCGACGCUGCUGAGGCACAAGGCUGCCGGCUUCGCCGGCACUUUUCCGCACGGCGCCAGGGUAUCCGGCGUGGUUGAGGAGACGCCGGGCCGGCUCGAGUACGAGGUGGCCCUUUAUCGCGAGGCGACCGGCAACGUGUCCGAUCAUUCGCAGACGGUCGAUCAGGCGGUGCCGAUCGGCACGAAGCUGCAGCUGCGCGCCCGCAUCAGCCCGGACAGCGCCUGGGGCUACAUCAAGCUGCUGGAGGUGACGGUCAGCCCCGACCCGGAUCAGCCCCACGCCCCCGGUAGCGUCGUCCUCGUCAAGGAUGGCUGCAGGAAUCGCGAUUUCGCGUCCAUCAUUCCCCACCAGCCGGCGCGGUACCGCGAGCGCAAGAACGAGGUCUUCCUCGACUUCGAGGCCUUCCUGCUGAGCUCGAUGAGGGAGCGCUCCACCCUUUGGAUCCACUCGCAGAUAAAGGCCUGCAUGGAGCCGCAGGACUGUCAGCCGGACUUCUGUCUCGAUCUCUUCGAGCCUUCGGGACACGGGAAGAAGAGGAAGAGGGCCGUCGAGGCCAGUGUGGAAGUACUGGGCGAAUUCCUCCCGAAGGUUGAGCGUUUGAUCAAAAGGUACAACGACUCCACGCCGUACACCAAGUUCAAAGAAAAUAUCGAGUACACGGUGAUGAUGCCGGACGACCUGUACGACAAAGUAACGGCCGGCCUCGAAGGUAGCUGCGGAAAUUUUCUCUACGUGGCGACGGGACUGGGUGCCCUACUAGUGUUAUCGGCCUUUAUCAUGUGCUACUUGGCAUCGCGUCUUCACAACCUGUCCUCGACGGUGCAGCAGAGCAAGUCGAUCGACGAGCUGGUCAGAGACCGCACCAGAAAAUAUUGCGACACCACGCCCGGCUAUACCGGUCGCUCGACCAUGCAAUAGAGCGACGCGCGACUGAAUAUAUAUAUAUAUAUAUACAUAUAUAUAUAUAUAUAUACAUAAAUCACUCGCGUCAAAUCACUCCUUACAAAGUUGCACGAUGUAACACGCGCGGAUAUCGUAUCGUGUUAUCGUAAUUAACGUUACUUGAAGACUAGGAUACUUAUUUGCGCGAAGGAGGGCAAUGUCACGUUUACGAGCAGCUUGACUCCCCGCUUGAAAAAACGCGAGAUGUGUCUCGACUUAAUCAUCCGGUUGAUACGGCACGAUACGAUAGUCGCGUUGCAACUUGGUCGAGGAGCGAUUCCGGCCGCGAGCUCUGAAUUCACGUUCGGACCAGCGAACGACGCCGCCCACCGUGGAGACUAAAAUAGUUCUCGUAACGAGGAGCGCCCGGUGGCAAAUGACUGUGCUUCCUGCGUAGAAUAAAAUCGACUUAACGACAAAUGUCCGAGUGGAAAUAAAUUGGGAAUUCGCGAAAAGAAUUUCAACGUGGAAUAUCUGCUUCGCGGCGCAGAUAUCAUGGACUUAGACGACGCGUCUCACGAGGAAGCACUUUUUUCAUUUUUCUACAUAGACACAAGCGCACGUAGAGCCUCUCUGUCUCUUGCCCAAUUUUUCACUCUUUUAUUUUCUAGUACAAACGGCGUUUAAGAACAACUUCUGCCUCGUACGAUUGCCGAUCAUUUGACUGCUUAUCGGGCAGGCUGGACGAGAAUUGCGAAAAAUUGAGUUGUACUCAAUCGCGUCUUCCUCGCGAACUUUAUUCGUUUAUCAGUUAGCUCGCAACGCACCAUUCUCCAAAUCUUUCGCGCACACGAUGCAAUUUCCGCCGAAAGUUUCACGAUUUAUCGAUAUUGCUCAAAACAAUAGUCUCGCCACGACGAGUCUUUCAAACGUGCAAUGCUAUCACGUGACCUGAUGAAGCGAGCGGAUCGCUCGUGUAAUAGGAUAAUAAGUACCCUCGCCGAAUGCGAAGGGGCUCGAGCGGGAACAUUUGGGGUGGUUGCACGAAUUUAUCUCACCUUGUAAAUAAACACAAUUACGGCUCGCAUUUUACAGCAUAAGUUUUAACAGCGCAGAUGUUUUUUACGUAUAUUAUUACGAGAAUCCAUAUAUAAUAUAUCGCAAUUAAAUAAAAGAUAUCUUAGAGGAGGUCUACGACUCUCGAGUUCUUGAGACAAUCCGUUUCUACUCGUAGUAGAGGGACGAGAAUUAAUAGGAGAGAAGAAAGCGAAGAAAAUUAACUUGUUCGCCGAAUUGUUAUAUAUUCAGCUGAGUAUGUUGGAGCAAUCAAUAUGCGCCUGUGCAUUGCACGUUCAAUAACUUCGCGUGUCUCUCGAAAUUAUUUAAAAAAUGCUCUAAACAAAAUAUUGAAGUUUUAUAUAUUUAAUAAUGCAGUGCGAG